AUGUCCACAGCAAGGCAAGGGGUUACCAGUGAAGAUCAUCUCACUGACCGAGUGGAAGGCCUGCUUCCCCAAGCUGAGGUCAGGAGCAAUGUCAGCGGUGCAGACCAAGAGACCUCAAGCAGAAACACUGUUGGUAUCUGCCAAGCAUUUGGGAGAAGUAUCUUCUUCACCCCCAGCGUCUCUUCAACAGCAGAGAGGGUCAGCCUUAUGCUGAAACAGCAGGAGGCGGAGGAUGAAGAAGAAAGCUGCCCAGUGCUAUUUAUACAGCUCUCGGAGCUGUUCAGCACCCCCGAAGGACUGGAGUGGAGGCAAACUGCCAGGUGGAUUAAGUUUGAAGAGAAAGUGGAAGACGGAGGAGAACGCUGGAGCAAGCCACACGUGACCACACUGUCCCUUCACAGUCUGUUUGAGCUAAGGAUGUGCAUAAGGAAAGGGACCAUCCUGCUCGACUUGGAAGCUCACAGUUUCAAACAAAUAGUUGAGAAAGCGAUAGAGACUCAGAUAGAGAACCAUGCUCUCAGGCCAGAGCUCCAGAAGAAACUGAUGUAUGUCUUGCUCCUCAAACCUCAGCACCACACAACAAAAUCUCAGCUGAAGAUGCUGGUGGAGAUGGGCAUGAGCUCCUGCUUCGACAAAGCUAACAGCCACUCAGAUCCAGGAGGUGAGAUCUCGGAGAUACCCCUAAAAGAACAGCUGAACAAUCGCUUCAAGAAAAAGAUUCCAACUGGGGCUGAAGUGGCCAAUGUCCUUGUAGGAGAAGCCAGCUUCCUGGAGAAACCCUUCAUUGCUUUUGUGCGUCUUCAAGAAUCUGUGUUUCUUGGAAGUUUGACGGAAGUUGCUUUCCCUAGCAGGUUCCUUUUCAUCCUGUUGGGCCCUAGAGCUAAAAUGAAGGCCUAUCAUGAAAUUGGAAGAGCUGUUGCCACUCUCCUGACAGAUGAGCUUUUCCAGAGAGUUGCCCGGAAAGCCCAGUGCAGAGAAGAUCUUAUUGCAGGAAUUGAUGAGUUUCUGGAUGAGCUGACCAUUCUACCGCCAGGCAAAUGGGACCCAACCAUCCGAAUUGCCCCCCCCAAAUGCUUGCCCUCACCACAGAAGAGGAUCUCCAUGCAUUUCCGUGAAUGGAGUCCUCACUCUCAUGGGAACAUGUCUGCCUUGGAUGACCAUCAUGGCCAUGGGCAUCAACACGUCAGUGAGGAGCUGAAAAGGACAGGAAGGCUAUUUGGAGGGUUGUUCAAGGAUAUCAAAAGAAAAGCUCCUUGGUACUGCAGUGAUUUCUAUGAUGCCCUGAACAUCCAGUGCUUCUCGGCAAUCCUUUACAUCUACCUGGCCACAGUCACCAAUGCAAUAACCUUUGGAGGGAUGCUGGGAGAUGCUACAGAUAAUAUGCAGGGUGUGCUGGAGAGUUUCCUGGGCACUGCUAUUGCUGGUGCGUUUUUCUGUCUUUUUGCUGGCCAGCCUCUCACCAUCCUGAGCAGCACUGGGCCUGUCCUUGUCUUUGAACGGCUUCUUUACUCCUUCAGCAAAGACUACAGCUUGGAUUAUUUAGAAUUCCGCCUGUGGAUUGGUCUCUGGGUGGCCUUCUUUGGCCUCAUUCUGGUGGCUACCGAAGCCAGUUACCUGGUGCAGUAUUUCACACGCUUCACUGAAGAAGGCUUCUGCGCCCUCAUCAGCUUCAUUUUCAUCUAUGAUGCAAUUAAGAAGAUGCUGUCCCUGGCAGACCACUACCCUGUCAACUGGGAUUACAAGGUCAAUGAUGUCACCUUGUACAGUUGCACCUGCAGCAUGGCGGAGAAAGUCAACUCAUCCCUUCAGAACAAGAUACUGUCCCCUACCCUCAGCAAUUUGGGAGAGCAUUUAGAUUUAGAGUUCAGGAACUGGUCCCUGCUGACCAAGAAGGAGUGUAUGCAACUAGGAGGCCACCUAGUGGGCAACAGCUGCAAUUACGUGCCUGACAUCACUUUCAUGUCUUUCAUUCUGUUCCUGGGGACAUUUCUCUGCUCAAUGACCGUGAAGAACUUUAAAACCAGCCGCUACUUCCCCGCAGCUCUGAGGAGACUAGUGGGCGAUUUCUCCAUUAUCCUGGCUAUCCUCAUCUUCUGUGGGAUAGAUGCCGCCUUCGGAUUAGAGACUCCCAAACUAAUUGUGCCCAGUGAGUUCAAGCCUACAAACCCGACAAGAGGCUGGUUUGUGGUUCCCUUUGGAGCAAAUCCCUGGUGGAUAUAUUUGGCAUCAUCAGUGCCCGCCAUUCUAGUCAUCAUCCUCAUCUUCAUGGACCAGCAAAUAACAGCCGUCAUUCUCAAUCGCAAGGAGUAUAAACUACAGAAAGGGGCAGGAUUUCACUUGGAUUUCUUCUGUGUUUCACUUCUGAUGAUUCUCACUUCUGUUAUGGGCUUGCCUUGGUAUGUGUCAGCCACAGUCAUCUCUCUGGCCCAUAUGGACAGCCUUAAGAAGGAAAGCACCACUUGUGCUCCAGGGGAGCAGCCCAAAUUCCUGGGAAUCAGGGAGCAGAGGGUGACAGGACUGAUGGUCUUCAUCCUCACGGGACUGUCUGUGUUCUUAGCACCUGUACUCAAGUUUAUCCCAAUGCCGGUACUGUAUGGGAUUUUCCUCUACAUGGGUGUGGCUGCACUCAGCAGUAUUCAGUUUACGGACAGACUCCAGCUUCUGCUGAUGCCUGCCAAACACCAACCUGACUUCAUUUACCUCCGACAUGUUCCACUACGCCAAGUCCAUCUUUUCACCUUCAUUCAGACAUUUUGCCUGGCUGUUCUGUGGAUCAUUAAGUCGACUGCAGCUGCCAUUAUCUUCCCAUUGAUGUUGCUUGCUCUAGUAGGAAUACGGAAGGCAAUGGAAUACAUCUUCCCCCUACAUCAUUUGAGUUGGUUGGAUGACAUCAUGCCAGAAAAGGACAGAAAAGAGGAGGAAGAAAGGCUGAAGAGAAAGCCAGACCAGGAUGACAGUGACAGUGAGGAUUCUGAACGCAUGUACCAAGAAAAAGGACCAGAAAUCAACAUCUCUGUGAACUAGCGAGACAGACUCACCAAUCGACAAGGCAAAAAAUGAACAUUUGCAAUAGAUUUGCAAGGAUUUGCAAGGAUGCAUAUUUUUAAAGAUGUUAAGGAGCCAAUGAAGAAGAUGGGACUAAAUUCAGAAUAAAGAAGAAAGACCUAAUUUAAUUAGAAGAAAAACCAAGAACUCACUAUACUUCAACUAUGCCUAAGUGAGCCUCUCUGGUCUUCUACUUAACUCCCCCCACCCCACCCCCAGAAAGUUAUUCUACACCCAUUCCGGGAAGUAAUUUGAUUGGCCAACCGUUUUUUAAAGUUCUUUUAGUGUUUAAUAUUUUUAAAUCCACAAAAAAUGCUACUGCACAUCUUGCAUACCUAUUGUGGCUCAAACAUUCACCCACUUCAGAGGAAGAUGUAUCUGAUCUUGUGUGUGUGUAUACACACACACACACACACACACACACACACAAAGCAGGUUUUAGAAAUCAUGCUUUUGUCACAUUCUGUGACCUAGGACUACAGACUGGAGUCAUAAUGUAUUUUGUUAUGGAGUCAUGAUGUAUUUUUUAAAAUAAAUGUGUUUUAAGUUCUUUUAAUCUUUUAUUUAAUGUACUGUUCAUAUUGUACUGAUUUGUGACUGUAACAAUAAAUGACUGGCUGACUGGA